AUGGCUCUGCAGUGGAUGUACAUUGUGACACUGCUCCUGUUGGCCCACAGUAAGUUCUCUUCUUCAAUGUUUGUAGCGCUCAGUCCCAAAUGUGCUUGUCCUCCUGCAGAAUCCACAGACGCGGCCACGCACACCCUCAAAGAAGGGCAGAAGUUAGCCAUCCAGUGUGUGCCCUCCGAGGCGGGCAGUAUGGUGGUCUGGUUCCGAGUGCUGGAGGGAUCGGGCAUGGACUUCAUCGCAUCUUUCUCCAACCAGGGCAUGAUCAAGUCCGAGGGCGCCUCGUACUCCACCACCUUUGCUGGUAAAAGCAUGGCCAACAACAUCAUGACCGUGGCUUCCUUCAGCAGAGAUCGUGACAGCGGCCUUUACAGCUGCGCCGCUCUUAAAAGCAACCGGCUGGUGUUUGGGGCCGUCACGCGACUGCUGGGAGAAAAAACAGAGGCCGCCUUAAAGCAAACUCCUGCACCCGCCGUCAAAGCCCAUGGAACCACCGCCGCCUCGCCGUGUGUUUGCCAGACGACGACAAAGAAAGACCACCUGCUUUGUAGUCCCACUAUUCUCAUUCCACUAGCGGGCAGCUGCGUGUUUCUCGUCCUAAUCAUCCUCAUACUCAUCGUCUACUGCAACCAAGUGAGAACACGCAGGUGCCCGCAUCAUUACAAGAAGAGGCCGCAGAAGAUGGCGCCUGGAAAAAAGCAACAAGCGCAGCACACUUGAUCAUCGGGUGAACUUCAUUCUACUAAUUUAUGUGAAGCAAACAAAUGUGUGUCUGCCCCACGGACAUUUUGUUUGUCAUUUUAAACAAAAGGGUUCACUAAAAAACCCCAAUCUGUAUUUCUCAGGAGUGUUCAAACAUUUCUAGUUAAAUAGAAUUGAUGUAUAUUGUUUUCAAUUUUAGUAGCAUUUCUCUCAUACAUUUCUUUUUUUUUUGCAUUUUCAUUGUGCCUUCAGUUCAGUGGAGAUUCAGUUUAUUUGGAAGAUGCAUACGAUACAAUGUAAUGCAUCACUUGUUUCAGUACAGCACGACUGAAAAGGAGUAGAAAGAAGCUGAGCUUAUUUAAUCCUACCCUUUUUCAUACUGUAGCAAUUUCAUCCCAUUUCCUUGUUCUCUGUAACAGAACAGUGAAUAAAUAAAUAAUAUACCAUAGUAAGUAAACAAAUAUUAAAUACAUAAAUAAUCUUUAUCUGAAAAAUAAAAAUAAAGGGUUGAAGAUGUUCAUCAUAAUUAUUGUUCUAUGUGAACACUUGUAGUUUCAACAGUGUCUUAAAGUGAAUUAUAUUUCAUUUCUUUGGUUAAUCCAUUCCAUCAUUUCAUUCACAAACUGAUAUACUAAAGGUUUUAAGUGUUGUACGUGCAUACAAAUGUUUUAAAUGACAUUUUCCUCUAAGGUUAUAUUUCUCCUCUUUUGUUGAGAAGAAUUGUUGUCGAUCCGGCCCGCGAAUGAAUGAUCUAUGGCCCCCAGGGGCCCCAUCAAGUCAUACAAAUGGGGUCCCACAGUAAAUUUCUGAGGUGCCACUUUUUUGUAAGCAUUUUGAAAACAAAUGAUAAACGUAUGCAUUAUCCUGUCAUAUCUCACAUUCUAUAUUGUCUUUUGGAAAAAGGUUGUCAUAAACGUUACUUCAUUCAUUCAAAAAACAAUACAAAAGAAAACCAAUUUUCCAUGCAUAUGUAAAUGUCUUCAGUUAUAAACAUUCAGUCACUUUCUUCUUUCCUUCAUGGAUCUAAACUUGACUUUUUUCUAUAUUUGUAUCGUAAUAUUUUCAGAAUGUGUUUGUUCUAUUUUUGGCCAAAGUAAAACAAAGAAAACAAUCUGAAGUUGUCUUUAUUUUGUAGUUUGAAUGCCAUGCUGGUAAUAGUCGGUGUGCACAGAUGUUCCUCCACGCGGCGCCUGAGCUAACAUGACUUUGACACCUCUGUGCUAAAGGUUUUAAGUGUUGCACGUGCAAGUUAUGGUUCUCCUCUUUUGUUGAGAAGAAUUGUUGUACAUUCUUGGCUAGCAGGUUAUAGUUUGCUUUGUACGUCAUUUUAGCUGUUUGCAAAUGCACUCAAUUGUUGAAUUUCAAUAAAUAAAGUGUUUGUAUGUUCUCUAU